CCCUAGGUUUUUUCUACGCCUUCUCACUACUUCACUUUGCUCCUCAGUCCCCUGAACUUACACAGUUUAACCAUGGCAGAAACAGAACCUGAAGUCGCAGCUGCCCCCGCCGCCGAAGCCGUAGCACAGGCGGAGAAAGAGGAAAUCCCGGAUCAGGAUAUGGACAUCGAAGCUCAAGCUGCCGAUGAUGCGGCGGAGAACGGCGGCUCGAAGCGUCCAAGGGAGGAGGAUGGAAAGGAGUCGGAGAAUGAAGACGCCUCGAAGAAGCUGAAGGUGGACAAGUCUGUGGAAGAACAAAGGCUCGAGAAUUUAGACGGAAGCGAAACGGCUGUAGAUGAAGAAAAGAAAAACGGGUCGGGUCCGGCUAGCGUGGGUCCGAAGAACUUCGGGUCAUCAGUAGAGAUGUUUGAUUACUUUUACAAGCUUCUUCACUCUUGGUCUCCCAAUCUCAACCUCAACAAGUAUGAGCACUUGGUUUUGCUCGACUUGCUCAAGAAGGGUCAUUUAGAACCAGACAGAAAGAUUGGUACAGGAAUUCGGGCGUUCCAAAUCCGGUUUCAUCCUCAGUUUAAAAGUCGCUGCUUCUUUGUCAUUAGGGAGGAUGGUUCUGUGGAUGACUUUAGCUUCAGGAAGUGUGUUGAUCACAUUCUGCCCCUCCCAGAGAACAUGCAAGUAAAACAUGAAGCUAACAAAGCUUUGGCUCACAGCGGGAAAGGCGGUGGAAGGAAAGGAGGUGGACAUGGGCGUGACCGUGGGAAUGCAGGGAAGUCAAGAUAUUGAAAAACAGCUUCAUAUUUACCAGAAUCGACUGCGUGUUUUGCACGCAGCUUCAUAUUUUGGUCAAUACAGCUUUCUACUUGCAGUUUUGACAUAAUGAUUUAUGGCUAGUGAAGUUACAUUACUAUAAGGGGUGCAUAAUUCAGAUUUUUUUGUUUGUUUGGUAUCACAUAUAGUCUUUCCAAAAUCUGCGUUAAAUUGA